GAAUAAUGUUUCAAUAAUUUACUUCCUGGAUUCGGAAUUUGACAGAGAAUGUGACCUUUGGGUUAUUCAAGACAUCAAUUGAAGCCAAGCAAAAUGAAGCCUGUUGUUGCUUCAGUCCAUUUUGGCAUACGAGAUACUUGCAUAGCUUUUGCAGUGAGGGGAAGUAACACCAUCAAGGGAAUUAUAUUCGAAGAUGCGGAUCUACGUCAGUUUAAAACUCCUUCGUGUGCGCUGUUAAAUGAAAAGGGUCAGCUGGAUUGCUUUGGAUCUGAUGCAAUUCUGAAAUACAACGAGUUGUUUUGUGAAGGAAAGAGUGCCGGUUGGAAGUAUUUUCCAUCAUUUCCAGCUCUCAAAAACACUGGGGUUCUCAUCCCAAAAGAAGAAGAGUUGAAAACCCAGAUCAAGUGCUAAACAAGGUCCGCGUCCGGGUGCUUUAUGCUUACUCUUUCAAGAUAUACAUAAAUACAUAGUAUAUUGAAUGGCGCUGUUCUACACUCCUGUGCCAGACACUAGUUGGGAAUUUGCUUCUUGCACACUUGGCAAGAAACGCUUUCUAGAAUUAAGACAUUGACAUAUGUUAUAUGAUUUUCAUCAACCCAGUUCAAUUCAAUGCUGCACUUUAAAAAAUAGAAUACUUCGUGAGGUACGCUAAAUAGGGGUCUCUGUGUUAGUGUGUACUUUUAGACACAUUAAGGAAUCAGCGUGAGGGAAGCUCCAAAAGGAUAACUCAGUAUACUCCACAACAGAUUCGGAAAGGUAUUUUCUUUUAUAAAACAUUAGAUCUCAGCGUAGUUUUAACUUAUUUUAAAUAUUGUAUUAAAAAUAUGAGUAACGUAAAUUGUAAGACUACGUUUGUUUGUUUUAUUAAGAACUUGAAUGUGACGAAACUGGUUUAACACAACCGGAAUCAUCACAGUUUGUCCGACUUAUAAUUCGAGUAUGUUUGGGCAAAUGGUGUAAAAACUUUGUUACGAUGGAAGUUGUUCUUAACCAGGAGAUGACCCCUAUUGAAUUGAACACAAAACCUUGUCUUAUUAAUAGGAAGAGAACCUUUGUCCUCCGCACCUUAAAUUUGUAAAAAACAAAUUGGUUGCAAAUUUAAUUAACCGUUAAGCCGCAUUAUAUAUUAAAAGUAUAUUAGUAUUACAUUCAAAAUUUUACACUUUUGUUCUUGCACAUUUCGAACAUAUUCAUUAACACAUCUAUUUAAUCAUUAUAUGUAUGAAUUAUAUUUUAUUGAUAUCAAAUGCCGUGCGAAUAAAGUAAAAAAGAAGAAUCUGCAGAUUUACUAUUUUUGUCAAGCCUGUUUGCGGUGAACGAUGAAAAGUUGUAACAAUAGCGGUUCUGCGUUUGUGCGUGCGUCAGUGAGGUAGUGAUUGCGUCCUUCCGGACUGAAUUUGAUCGGGCUGUAUCUUGACCACGCAUUAUAUGAUUUUCAAAAACUUGCCAAGGAGGUUCACAAUGAUGAGGCAGCGUGUCGCACACAAGACUCAUGACUGUUACUCAAUGAUCAAUGCCAAGGUUAGAGGUCAGGGGUUGAAAUGAUCCUUGUCCGGGUUGUAUCCUAACCAUGCAUUCGGCGAACUUUCAUGGAGCGUCUCAAAACUGAGACCAAGGAAUGGACUCAGGGUUAGUCUGUAUGCUCAUGGCUAUCGCCAACAUCAAACGAUAGAAAUCAGCUAUCGGCAAAUUACAAUUCUCAUUCAUCAGACGUUUGACAAUGCUAAGGCUAACGGUACGCAGGGUAUCAAUCCUUUGAUACCCAAGGCAAUAUAGAUGCACACGAGAAUGCAAGUUACUUGUAAUAGUAGUAGGCUAGUUUUAUGGGAUUACCUGGACUCAAGCGGGUGGUACGCAGAAAGGUUUUCCAUUUUUCCCAAGCCUGCCUACCAACAAAAAAACAAAACAAUAAAAAACCUCUUAACCAUGUAAUGAAAUUCACUCGAUGACAGGUAUGGUAGCUCUUGACAAAUUUAAAGUUGCCUUUAUACUCGCAGAUAAUCGGUUCAAUCACAAGAUAUAAUCAAUCCUACAUAAGAUAAACACAGAUCAGAAGGACAUGAUUGCUGUCGGUGACCUAAAGCUAAAAAAUGUUUUCAGUUGAAUAACUAAAGAAAACUUGCACACUGGAACUUUAUACCUGGUAUGCCAAUGAGGCAUAAUUAUAUGAUGGUCCAUAUCGAUUAUUGAAUCAGUAGGUUUAAGGAAGCAGUGACCUUGAGGGGAGACAUUUUCCAAUAAUAACUAUAGAACACUUGUACCCAGGAACUUUAUACUUGAUAUGCCAGUUUGUCAUGACAAGUAGAUGAAAUUCAGGCCGAUAGGUCAAAGGUGAAUAUGACUAUUAGGUUUCCGCUGAAUAACUGUAGAACGCUCAGGUUUUGGAACUUCAUAUAUGGCUUGAUUAUUGGUCUCAGACGUAUGCGUGAAAAAAAUGUUUGUAGCCCUUGAAAGAACAUGGAUUAAAGAUUGCACACGCAUCGAAAAUUUAUCACCGAUUUUCAUUUGUCAAAAUCAAUGUCAAAAUACACUACACACUGUUCAAAAUCUCUAAAAAUGGAAUUUAAAGAAUUCUUCAAUUGAGUUAGGUAAACACGUAUACAAUGUAAAUAUCCAAACAAACAAUAAAAAAUAUGUUAUAUUUAAAACGAGCAGUUUUUUUACUACAAAUUAGAAUGCAUUAAUAACCCAGGUGUAAACAAAUGGUCUGUGAAAUGUGUAGUUCUUGGUAAAUAUUUAAAAAUAAAACUCCCUAACCACGUUGUAACUUAAAAUAUUCCAUCCGUGGAAUUAGAACGGCAACAUUUGUUUUAGUUUCGUUAAGCAUGUUUUUUACAUGAAAUAUGUACAUGCCAUAUUAGUGUAUAGCAGCUCGUCUUAAAAAAUAAACAACAAUGAGCAAACUGACUGUCCGUUUCAAUAUAUACUAAUAGCAGACCUUCAACACCAAUAGAGUGUGUUUUAUGAAAAGCAUUGAUUAAGUAAUAGAAAAAAAUGAUUGGCAUCAUUCCGUUGUUUGAUUCAAACCUUGUUUCGAGAGUCGCUGUUUACAAUGGUAAUGAAAUGGAAAACACAUUAAGUUGACUCGUUAAAUACAUAAUACCAUCCUCAAGAUAUAAUGCGUCCGUGCAGAAAUUGUUUACAUCGCAUAGAAUCUUAAAAUAGGAUGGCGUCAAAAUAUUUUUAGUUCAAGAAUUCCCGAAUCAAGCCAUUUGUAUUCCGAAGUUCUGCAGAAAUGAACAAAGAUAAAAUGUUUCAUUACGGUUUGAAUACUUUAAACUAAAGCUUUGGAGUUUACAUAGUUUAUGCUAUUUCUACAGCAAAAAUGUGAUCGCUCUUUUAUAUUUGGACAUAGAUGAAAAAUGACGAAUUUUACAUAUCCGAUGAUGCUGGUGAGUCUUUUUCUGCAAACACACUGUUGGCAGAAGUUGUUGGAUAUAUGAAGGGAACACUGCUAGAUAUGUUGCGGAUGUGUUAAAUACUGAUGUAACUUGGGUCUUUAUUAUUCCGGCAUCUUGGGAUUCCAGAGCAAAAAUCUGCCUGACAAAUUCAGGUGUACAGGUGGGGCUGAGUGCUGAUCAGAUUCUCUUGAUAACGGACGCGGAAGCUGUCUCGUUUACAUGUCUAGAAGAACUGUUCAACAUUGGACAACACAAAAAGAGCCUUUUGAUUAACUGGAAUGACGCUAUCACUGAGGUUGCUGAAGUUGAGUCAAGCUUUGACCGGACGAUACGGGUAACUUUCUUGGAGAGCAAACAUUCAAACGAUAUGACUACAGUUCAGAAAAAGAUACAAACCUUAAUGGGAAAGUGGUUAGAUGAUGGUGCAACAAUUGAGUUUGAAAACUUCCGAGAUGAACUUGAAUUCACAAGAGAACUGAAACUUAGACUGAAGAAGAUUGGCCUUGGUGAUAUAGGGAAAAUGAUUUUAAAUGUACCUGCGUCUGUAGCAAAACGGUUUCAUGAUUUCAAUCUGAGACACAAACGCGUGUAUAGGGCCACCGAAGGAUUUGUCAGCAGUGGUAAGCUUCGCAUUCAUCAUGGAACUAUUGUGCCUUUAGUCAUCGAAGCCUUUAAGGAAACGGUCUCAUAUAUAGAAGAAAUAGUCUCCAGACCGAAGAACAAAGACUUGACCGACAUAAUAUUGUUCGGCGAUUUAGCCGAAUUUUCGAUUACGGCAGACAUAUUACGGAGCAAGUUGAGGCAAUCAAUUCAUAUAGCAGAGGAUGUUGGAGUGGCUAUACCAAAAGGCGGAGUGCUAUUUGGGCUUUCUCCGGAGAUAGUCACUUCACGAAUUUUGAGAAUUGCUGGUGAUGAAAAAGGGUGUGAUAUAUGGGCAACACCGAAGGUGAUUGCACAACACCAGGUGUUCGCGGCAUUCGAUAUCGGAACAACAUAUAGUGGAUACGCUUAUUCGGUAAAGAACAAUCCGACAGAAAUAUGGACAAACAAAGCUUGGAACGCCGGUGAACAGCUUCUUUCGCUGAAAACCCCAACUUCUGUUCUGCUUAAGCCAGACAAAACAUUCGAUUCUUUUGGUUUUGAAGCAGAAAACAAAUAUUCAAGUCUUGUCGAAGAUGAGGAACAUUUAAACUGGAUGCUCUUCAGGCGAUUCAAGAUGAUGCUGCACCAAACAAAAGAUGGACUUCACAGAGACACAAUGGUUGAAGAUAUCAGCGGGAAGAAAAUGCCCGCCUUGACCAUCUUUAGUAUGGCCAUACGGUACUUGAAAGAACAGUUGAUGGAAACGCUUCACUUGCGCAUUCCUGAUAUCUCAGAAUCUGAUAUUCUGUACGUGAUAACAGUGCCUGCAAUCUGGAGCGAUGGUGCUAAACAGUUCAUGAAAGAGGCGGCAAAACAGGCCGGCAUAGACAGUGAUCAAGUUGGUUUAGCCCUUGAGCCAGAAGCAGCUGCUAUUUGGUGUCAACAUAUCCAAACUGACGUUAAAGGAGAAAUGUCAAAACCCGGAACGCAGUUUAUGGUCGUAGACGUUGGAGGAGGUACGACCGAUAUUUCUGUGCAGGAAAAACAGCCUGACAAACGGAUUACAGAAAUCCACUGUCCAGACGGAGGGGCGUGGGGAGGAACGAACGUAGACAAAAAAUUCCAUGACUGGUUCGGUUCGAUAUUUGGACAAAAAACUAUUCAUCAUUUCGAAACAUCAAUGUUUGGCGAAUAUCUUGAGUUUCUCAAAGUCUUUGAAACAAAAAAACGGUCAAAUAUUGGCAACACGUUUUUCAUACGAAUUCCAUUUUCACUGCUUGCAAAAUCUACAGAAGCAAAGAAAACAAUCGAAAUGCUCGGUCUUUCUGAAAAAGUACGUAUUGUGAACGAAAAAUUAAAAGUUGAUCCUGAGAUUGUGAAGCUUUGGUUUAGGGAGACGAUUAGUAAUAUAUCCUUCAACAUCAAGAAGGUACUACAAGAGCCGCACUUAGAAAACGUACGCUUAGUUAUGGUGGUUGGCGGAUUUGCUGAGUGUCAGCUUCUCCAGUCGGCUUUGAAGGAGAAGCUGCCUAAUGUUCGAGUUGUAAUACCAGAGGAUGCUGGUAUUGCAGUUCUAAAAGGGGCAGUCGAAUUUGCUCAGCGACCUCACGUGAUAGCCUCGAGAGUCAUGAAAUGCUCGUAUGGUAUCAACAAGCCUUUCGAAUACGACGCGAAGGUGCACGAUAGCUCGAAAGUCGUGAUGGAAAACGGGCAGAAGGUUGUUCAUCUUUUUGAAAAAUUUGUGACAAUUAACAAUACAGUAAAAAUUGGAGAAGUGAUUUCAAAGGGUUUUAAACCAACUACUCUAAACGAGACCAAGGUGGACAUCUACUCCAGUUCUCACCCAGAUCCCCGCUAUAUUUCCGACAAAGGGUGUACAAAAAUCGGAGAAAUCAUUGUGAAGCAUAAUAACGGAAAAACAGCGGAGGACAAAUUAUUCAAUGUCCUCUUCGAGUUUGGAAAAACGGAAAUUUUCGUGCGAGUGAUUAUGCGCAUUUCAUGUGAAGAAUUCGGAACCACAUUGGAUUGUCUUUAGGUUUUUUUGUAUUUGGACGAGAAUAUUGUAACGUGUUUCUCUCUGAGCUCCAAGGAAGCAACACUAACGAAAUGUGUACGAAUAAUCAAUUCUAUUUGUUUUCAAAACUACUCUAAGGGAAAACUGUAUCUAAAGUUUUCGUAAUUGGACAAUGCUUGUAAUAUUCAACAUUGUGUUUUAUAUUGAUGUAUUAUGUGACAUAUUAUGUAAUUUGUUCAAUGUAUUUCGGAUUGUUACUUGUAUCAAGAGUCUCAUUUUGAGUGCCAUGUCAGCACGGUUUGUAAAUUGUUCAUCUUUUUGAGCAAGUUGUGAGAUUUAACAAUGAAGUAAAGAAGUAAAAAUUGGAGAAGUGAUUUCAAAAGGUUUUAAUCCAUCUACUCUUAUAUAGACCAAGGUGGAUAUCUAUUCCCGUUCUCACCCAGAUCCCCGCUAUAUUUCCAACAAAGGGUGUACAUAAAUCGGAGAAAUCAUUGUAAAAGCAUAAGAACGGAAAAAAGCGGAGCACAAACUUUUCGAAGUCUUCUUUGAGUUUGGAAAAACGGAAGUAUUUGUGCGCGUAAUUAUGCGCAUUUCAAGUGAAGAAUGUUGAAUUUGGAUUGUUUUAUGUUAUAUUUAAUUGGACGAGCAUAUUGAAACUUGUUUCUAUCUGAUCUCCAACGAGGCCACACUAACAAAAUGUGUACAAAUUAUCAAUUCCAUUUUAUUCUAAAACUUCUCGAAGGGAAUAUGCUAUUUGAAAGGAUGUAAAUUUUUCGUAAUUGGGCUAUGCCUGUAAUAUUCAACAGUGCGUUUUUUAUAUCAAUGUAUUAUGUGACAUAAAAUGUUAUUAGUUAAAUGUA